UCUAGAAAAGUGGUAGAGCCGGCGGUGGUAGGGAUAACAUCUGCUCUUAGCGUGAUUGCCGUGUAUUGAUGUGGCUUUAUGGCGCGCGGCAGGCUGCGGGCAACAAAGUAAGCUUACGGUCGUUAAUGUUCCCUACUACGUGAAAUUCGAGGCCGCCGGAAUAUUGCGCCGCGUACAACUCGACGUGCUUCACCGCGUUCCACGCGAGAUUCGCAAAGUUACGGCACAGGCCGGCUUCGACAGGCAAGAAAUGCGAAGACCGUUCCGAGGAUCGGUUUGGCCGGAUCCGAAGAUGUGUUGUUGGGUCAGCGGUCAGAGUAUCUCGGCGAGAACCACCCAAUAUACAUAUGACGCUAAAAUGAGAUUAGAAGAAGAUCUCGUGAUUCGCAGGAGUAGACCAACGAUGAUUUCCGCCAAAUAUCGCGCGAGGGAAGAGCGCCGCCGCUUGCUGAAAAUCUCAGCUGGCAAGCUGAGGAGGAUCGAAGACCCAGAGGCUAGCCUGUGCAGAUCAGUCCUCAUAAACAACGCCGUCAGACGAUUGCAACGCGAGAAUCGUGACGACAAGACGAGGAACUACGGGUUGCCGGUGGUCCCGUAUCUGAACGACUCCACCAAAGAGAAUGACAUCUCUAGUAAUCUUAUCGUCGGACUGACGGACGACGAGACCUCCUCAAGAAAAAGAUUGAACGACGACACGAGUAACGACGGUGUCAGCCCGAAACGAGAGAGGCACGACGAUCUUGACCUUCAGGAGGACGUGUUCAGCGACUUUUACAUACUGCCUCCGACACCGCGGUUACUCUCGCACAUAGACGAUGUCCAGGAACCCGAGUCCCCGCAUCAUCAUCACUUGGUGUAUUCCGAGGAUCGUCUGGGCACCGUGGACGUUCGAUCGACGACGACCAUCAUCAGCAGCAGCACCGCAAACACGACCAUCAGCACCAGCACCAGCACCAGCAGCAGCAACAGCAGCACGUCCACGAGCAGUUGCUGCAACCCGGUCAUGUUCCCAACGGAGCUCAACGGCGCUAGCAGUCAGCUGGCCGACGUUGCCAGGUCCGCCGACGUGGAAAUGAUGGUGGCGUCGGAUGUCGAUCCCGAUAGAAUCUGCGAUUUUGCGAGGUUCGCCGAUUCCACGAAAAGCCUGGAGGAACGUUUGGCCGACCUGCAGUCGCUGGACGAGCACUUCGAGCUGGUGAAAUUCGAGAGGAACAACAAUCAGAGUUGCGGCAGAGCGUUCCACGAUAUCCAGACCUUCCACAGUUUGGUGCCCGGACUGGAAACCUAGAAGGGAGCCCCGUGCCUCGAGCACCCUCCUCUCGUCGGGUCUGGCUCGACAGAGAACGAAGACCACAACCACGACCACGACCAUGACCACGACCACGACCACGACCACGACCACAACCACGACCACGACCACCACCAUCAUCAUC